CGAAGACAUAUACCGUUCCCUUUCAACUAAGUAGCUAGUCACUUUGAAACUCACCUUUCUAUACACCAAUCCGUGUGAUUUCCAAUGCCAACCGUUUCUUUGGUUCUGCUUUUAUUCAUUUCUUAUCUUACCAUUCUCACCGCCCAGCCUGACCUGAGAUAUGCCUACUGUUUCCACAAUAGAGGUAAGUACACAAAUACAAGCUCGUACCAGAGCAGCUUUAAUGUCGUUGUUUCAGAGCUCAAUUCGAACACACAAAUUGACUAUGGCUUCUACAAUUUGUCCCACGGCCAAAAUCCUGACAGAGUUAGCUUAAUUGGGUUGUGUAGAGGAGAUGUUAAACCAAACGAAUGUCGUAGUUGCCUCAACAAUGCCUCAAUUCUCGUCCCAAAGUCGUGUCCGAAUCAGAAGGAGGCCAUGGGAGGCUAUGACGAAUGUUUUCUGCGAUACUCAAACCGUUCAAUAUUUGGGGUCAUGGAAACAGACGUUUCAUAUUACUUGUGGAAUCUGAAUAACGCAACAGAGGCUGACAAGUACAACCAAGUGGUCAGUGAUUUAUUGGGAGCACUUAGAGACCAAGCUGCCAGUGGAGAUUCAGUUCGUAAGUAUGCAGCAGGAAAUGAAUCGGUUAAUUUUCAAACUGUAUAUGGGGCAGUUCAGUGCACUCCUGAUUUGUCUCAGCAAGAUUGCUAUGGCUGCUUGACGGGGGCGAUCUCAGAAAUUCCAAAUUGUUGUUCCACAAAGACAGGUGGUAGGAUUAUCAAACCCAGCUGUAAUAUUAGGUACGACAACUAUCGCUUCUAUGAUACCGUGGUUGAGGAUUCAACACUAGCUUCUCCUCCAACGAUCACCUGAAAAGGAGUUGCUGAUUCACCAAAAGCAUCAUCUUCCUUAGAAGGCAAUAGCAACAGCACAUAUCAAGAAUUGUUGUUAUUGUGGCUUUGCUAAUUGGUGCCUUUAUUAUCAUACUUUAGCACGUAAUAUUAUUUGGUUUCUAUCAACAAAAGAAAAAAGAAAGAAAAUAAGAGCUACUGCGGCAUGGCUCAUUGAUAUCUUCUCAAUAAAAAUCUUGAUGACGACUUGAUUCUGAUUUGAUAAUUAGGGUCCUCAGAUUAAUUUUGAUUAUACUUUUAAUUACUUC